AUGCCUUUCAAGUGGGACUCCGAAACCGAACGGAACCUACUCCUGUUCGCCAUCGGCGAGAUGUCAGGACCUCCCGCUGCGAUCUGGCCUGCCGUUGCCGAGAAACUUGGAAGUGGUCUCAAUGCCAGUGCUUGCAGCCAGAAAUUUUACAAGCUCAAGCGAGAAUCAGAGAAGCUUCUAGGUGACAAUGAUACCUCCACUCCAAAGACUUCCAAGGGGAGCGCCCGCAAAGCCAGUGGAUCUGAGAGUACCGCCACCAAGCGCAAGAAACCCCAGUCUCACGAUGAGGAGGACACACCUACCAAGAAAAUCAAGAAGACUGCAGCUCCCAAGUUCGCCGUCAAAGAAGAAGAAGCACCUGAAGAGAAAGUCCAGGUCUCGGAUGAUGAGGAUGAGCUUGCUGCUAUGUGA